AAUAUCUUAUGCUGCAAACAAGGAAAAGCAGCUCCAAAUCCAUCUAAAGCUUCAAUGAGACAGGCAAUCCCUCUUCUGUAAGUUUUGUACUCUCUCAAAUUCAAUAUGUGUGCUGUAAAUAUGUAACAUGACUCUAUUAUUUUCCUCCAGCAUUCCUCUAUUCUUCGCUCAUCCCCAAUGCAAGCUAGCCAAUCAUAACUCCAAUCGGACCCUCCCCUUUCCAGAUAAAAAGAGGGCCAGGGAACAGUGAGCUCCAUCUACAGAGAGUCUCUCAGUCUCCACAGACCACCUUCUGUAACACUGGCAAAAACGUAAGUUGUCAUGUCCACCAGAGCUGUGAAGAGCACCAGCUACUCUGUGAGGCCCUCCUCUGCAGGCAUGGGCUCCCCUCAGAAAUUCAGCAGCAGCUCCUACUCCGGUGGAUAUGGCGGUGCCAGACAGAGCUACAGCGUCUGCAGCUCCUACGGGGGCGUUGGCGGCAGCGCCAGGGGCGUUGCAGCAGGUGGUUAUAGGGUAGUUGUGGCUGGGGGGUCCGUGCAAAGACGGGGUGUGAUGGAGUUUGGGUAUACGGGCAUGGGUGUUGGCGGUGGUAUGGGUGUUGGCGGUGGUAUGGGUAUGGGGGGUGGGAUGAUGACCUGUACGGGACCCCCUCAAAUCACAGCUGUUCAGGUCAACCAGAGCCUGCUGGCACCACUGAACCUGGCGAUCGACCCCAACAUCCAGGUUGUCCGCACCCAUGAGAAGGAGCAGAUCAAGAGCCUCAACAACCGCUUUGCCUCCUUCAUCGAUAAGGUGCGUUUCUUGGAGCAGCAGAACAAGAUGCUGGAGACCAAGUGGAGCCUCCUGCAGGACCAGACCACCACCCGCUCCAACAUCGACGCCAUGUUCGAGGCCUACAUCUCCAACCUGCGCAGACAGCUGGACGACCUGGGCAACGAGAAGAUGAGGUUGGAGUCGGACCUACACAACAUGAAGGGUCUGGUGGAGAACUUCAAAACCAAGUAUGAGGAUGAGAUCAACAAGCGUAUCGAGUCUGAAAACAAUUUUGUUCUCCUGAAGAAGGAUACAGAUUCUGCAUACAUGAUCAAGAUGGAGCUGGAGGCCAAGCUGGACUGUCUCACUGAUGAGAUUGAGUUCCUCAGGAGUAUCUAUGAUAUGGAGCUGCGUGAGCUGCAGGGCCAGAUCAAGGACACCUCUGUGGUGGUAGAGAUGGACAACAGCCGUAACCUGGACAUGGACUCCAUUGUCGCUGAAGUGCGCGCCCAGUACGAGGACAUCACCAACCGCAGCAGAGCUGAGGCCGAGACUUGGUACACACAGAAGUAUGAACAGAUGCAGGUGUCAGCCAGAAAGUAUGGGGACGACCUGAAAAACACUAAGGCAGAGAUCGCAGAUAUGAACCGUAAAAUCAUGAGAUAUCAGUCUGAAAUUGACAUGAUGAAGGGUCAGCGUACCCACCUGGAGAACCAGAUCGCUGAGGCAGAGGAGCGCGGUGAGCUGGCGGUGAAGGACGCCAGGCUUUGCAUCAACGAUUUCGAGGUGGCCCUGCAGAGAGCCAAACAGGACAUGACCUUGCAAGUCCGCCAGUACCAGGAGCUGAUGAAUGUCAAGCUGGCCCUGGACAUUGAGAUCGCAACCUACAGGAAGCUGCUGGAGGGAGAGGAGAGCAGGAUGGUGACUGGAAUCAAGUCGGUCAGCAUCUCCAAACAGUCUUCUUCAAUGAACUACAACUCUUACUCCCUGGAGAGCAGUCACACCACGAGCUAUGUCCGGGGCUCAAUAGGCGGAUACAAGAGCAGCAGCACUUACAUCAGUGGCCAUGAGAACAGCCAUGUAGGCCACAGUUUUGACCUGCCUGGCAGUAUCAUCAUGGGAGCCACCAACGGUAUCCAGGUCUCUACCAGCAGAGACGUGGAUGCCAGCAUCAGCCUGGGAGGCAGCAAAGGCACCAGCAAAGAUGUGGACUCCAGCAUCAGCCUGGGAGGCAGCAAAGGCACCAGCAGAGAUGUGGAUUCCAGCAUCACCCUGGGAGGCAGCAAAGGCACCAGCAGAGAUGUGGAUUCCAGCAUCACCCUGGGAGGCAGCAAAGGCACCAGCAGAGAUGUGGAUUCCAGCAUCACCCUGGGAGGCAGCAAAGGCACCAGCAGAGAUGUGGAUUCCAGCAUCACCCUGGGAGGCAGCAAAGGCACCAGCAGAGAUGUGGAUCCCAGCAUCACCCUGGGAGGCAGCAAAGGCACCUGCAGAGAUGUGGAUUCCAGCAUCACCCUGGGAGGCAGCAAAGGCACCUGCAGAGAUGUGGAUUCCAGCAUCACCCUGGGAGGCAGCAAAGGCACCAGCAGAGAUGUGGAUUCCAGCAUCACCCUGGGAGGCAGCAAAGGCACCUGCAGAGACAUGGAUUCCACUGUCACCCGAGGAGAUGAAUGAAGAGACUUCGUCAUCACAGGCGACCAUGGAAUUUGUUUGUUCUUUCUGUGACAGAUUUGUGCUUCCACAACCUACUUUUCAGCCUUCCCCUCACAUUCAUUUGACUUUUCUAGCCAGGUUAGUACAUAAUUUACCUGCCAAACAGUGACCUUUCAAACAGGCUAAUUAGAUCCACCUGGAAUCACAGGCAGUCUAACUGUAACUUAAUUUUCCUACCCACAAAUGGUCUGGUUUAAAGUGGUAAUGUGAAGGGUUAUGUAUUCCUGAAAGGCCCCAGAAAGUCGAGCCCUUAUACCUAUUUGGCCUACUUGUGUGGUCUCGUUCACUGUCAAUGGAUGCUCUCCAUCUCAUUUGUCUGUCCACACCUGAGUCACCUGCAGGUGCCAUUGUAGCAGAUGUUUUUCUCUCUGCUUGCUCGGAGACCCAUUAAAGCACUAGGAGAACAAACAACCUCUUAAUGUGUAUGUGAUGUGUGACAUAUUUCUUCAAUUGAGUCAUUUGAUGAGAGGAUGCUGUUAUCCUUAUGCCAAACUCCACCAAAAGGGAAAUGUAUGAAAUGUGUAUAUGCAGGGCUGGCUCCAGGCAUAACCGACAUAAGCGGUGAUUUAGGGGGCCCCUGUCCCCCCAAAAAGGGAACUCACUAUUGAGAGUAAGAAUAGUACACCAGAUGUGAUUUUGAAAAAAAAAUAAAAUAUGUUAUGUCAGUCCCUCAGUUAGCUGAUAAUUUGCAAUGUAUAUGUUUGGAUAGUCUAGUCUAGUUAGUCUAGCCAACUAUACUUGUAGUAAUCAUGGCCAAAUACCGAUUGGGGACGCAGUAUUAGUCAUUCUCACUCAGAUAUCAUAUUAACAUGGCAUAAGUAAUGGCAAAAUGUGUAGAAUUGUAGGAAAUGUGCUUUAAAACUGAAAAAUGUAUCUCUCUGCCCCAUGGCAAAAUGAGUAGAAUUGCAAUACAUUUGUUAUAAAAUUGCUAAAUGUUAUUUCCGCCCCACAGCAAAAUAUGUAUAAUUGCAGUAAAUGAACAUUAAAACUUAGAUUUUUCUCUCUGCCAUCAAGAGUGGGGGCACUAAAAUGUUUUGCCACGAGGUGGGGGGCCCUUGGACACAGGCACGGCUAGAGCCGUUGUUGCUCAUAGAUGUUUCCGCGUCACAAUAACAGCACAUACAGUUGACAUGGGCAGCUCUGUCAGGGCAGAAAUUUUACAAACUGAC